AAGGGAAGUCAGGAAACCCAAAUGAGAAGGCAAGUGAAGUGCGUGGCUCUGAGAAGCCGACACUAAAAUAUACAGCACCCGAGGGGCUCCAGGUCUGGGAAGAAACGAACUGGCAGAGGCCAAACACAUGUUGCUUUUCAUGUCAGUGGAGCAGCUCAAGAAAGCAAGCUCUCUCCAGUGUGGGUUGGGGAGGAGAGCAGUGGAGUGAACUCUUCCUGCAGUGAGCAGAUCACUGAGCAGCUCUCUGGGCAUCCGCUCUGCUUCGAGGAGUCUAUUGUGUGCAGUACCCCUUACUGUGUUAACGGGGGUCCUUUCUCCUGCAGGAACUGCUGGAGCGUGCAGCCAGGGUCCCUUGCUGCCCCGCCACACACUGAAGACUAUGAACUCGGUAUUGACCAAGUAUGGUUCCCCCCCUCGGAGCUGGCUCAAUCUACGCCUGGGGAUGAAUGAUCGGACUCUAACAGAGGACAAGGUUCUGCGCUGCCAAAACCCUGACUGCAUUGACAAGAGGCGGGCUCUCAAGGUAUGUCACCACGCCGAGUGCCAGCAGGUGAACCACAGCAGUCCCCUGAACCUCUGUGAGGCCUGUGACCACAAGUUCCACGGCACCAUGCACUUUGAUGGGCACAUCCGCUUCGACCUGCCCCCCCAAGGUUCCAUUCUGGCCCGGAACGUAUCCACACGGUCAUGCCCCCCACGCACCAGCCCUGCCUCCGACGUGGAGGAGGAGGACGAAGGGCUAGUGGAUGGGAAAGGGGACAAGAAGAGCUCGGCGCUGAAGCUCCCCAAGAAGAAAGCCCGGCGCAGACACACGGAUGACCCCAGUAAAGAGUGCUUCACCCUGAAGUUCGAUUUGAAUGUGGACAUAGAAACAGAGAUCGUCCCAGCCAUGAAGAAGAAAUCCCUGGGGGAGGUGCUGCUGCCGGGGUUCGAGAGGAAAGGCAUCGAGCUGGCGAAGGUGGAUAUUUAUCUGGAUCAGUCCAACACGCCUCUGUCGCUCAGCUUCGAAGCGUACCGCUUUGGGGGACACUACCUGAGAGUGAAAGCCAAACCCGGCGAUGAGCUCAAGGUGGAGCAGGCCGUGAAAGACUUCAAAUCGCUGAGUCUGCCCAUCAUGCGCUCCUCAGGCUCCGCCUCCACCUUCCUCUUCACCCCCGCUGGCGAGAGGCUGGACCAGCCGCCCUUCCGCCGGGAGAGCGUGGACAUCCUGGCCCCCGGGCGGAAGCGGAAGAACAUGAAUGAGUUUCUGGGCGAUUCCAGCAUCCCGGGCCAGGACCCCCUGCAGCACUUCAGCAGCUCCCUGCCCAGCAAUGGAAGCGAUACGUGGAAGAAUAGGGCCGCCAGUCGCUUCAGUGGCUUCUUUGGCUCCGGUGCUAGCACCGGUCCCUUCGGACGGGAGAUGGAUAAGAUGGAGCAGCUGGAGAGCAAGCUGCACAGCUAUAGCGUCUUCGGCCUCCCCAAGCUCCCCCAGCAGCUCCGCUUUGACCAGGACUCCUGGGAGGAAGAGGAGGACGACACCAGCCUGUGCCUGGAAGACAGCUGGCAGGAGAUCAUCGAGGGCCCGGAGGCCCUGACCCGCCGGCAGUGCCACCAGCAGGAGGCCGUCUGGGAGCUGCUGCAAACAGAAGCCACCUACAUCCGGAAGCUGAAAGUGAUCACAGACCUCUUCCUCUGCUGCCUGCUGAACCUGCAGGAGUCAGGGCUGCUGGGUGAGGUGGAAGCUGAGCGUCUGUUCAGCAACAUCCAGGAGAUUAUCCAGCUGCACCGUGCCCUGUGGGGCAAUGUCAUGGCCCCCGUCCUGGAGAAGGCCAGGAAAACCAAGGCGCUGCUGGACCCUGUGGACUUCCUGAAGGGAUUCAAAAUGUUUGGCUCCCUCUUCAAGCCCUACAUCCACUACUGCAUGGAGGAGGAGGCCUGCCUGGAGUACAUGCGCACGCAGCUGCGGGACAGCGACCUCUUCCGGGCCUACGUGACGUGGGCAGAGAAGCACAAGCAAUGCAACCGCCUGAAGCUCAGCGACAUGCUGGUGAAGCCACACCAGCGCCUCACCAAGUACCCGCUGCUGCUCAAGUCGGUGCUGAAGAAAACGGACGACCCUUGCACCCGGGACGCUGUCAUCACCAUGAUCAAUUCCGUGGAGCGGUUUAUCAAUCACGUGAACUCGCGGAUGCGCCAGCGGCAGGAGCAGCAGAGGCUGGUGGCCAUCCUCAGCCGGAUUGACUCCUACGAGGUGGUGGACAGCAGCACGGAGGAGGUGGAUAAGCUCCUGAAGGAGUUCCUGCGCCUGGACCUGACGGCCCCCAUCCUGGGCACCUCCCCCGAGGACACACGGCAGCUCCUCCUGGAGGGGAGCUUGAAAAUGAAGGAAGGUAAAGACAGCAAGAUGGACGUUUACUGCUUCCUCUUCACGGACCUGUUCCUCAUCACCAAGCCGGUGAAGAAGGCUGAGCGCACCAAGGUCAUCCGGCAGCCCCUGCUCGUGGACAAGAUUGUCUGCCGGGAGCUCAAGGACCCCGGCUCCUUCCUCCUGAUCUAUCUCAACGAGCUGCGCAGCGCCGUGGGAGCCUACACCUUCCAGGCCAGCGGGCAGUCCCUGUGCCGCGGCUGGAUCGAGGCACUGUACAAUGCACAGAACCUGCUGCAGCAGCUGCGUCUCCAGGAGCAGCAGCGUAGCCAAGGGCAGCAUCUGCAGAGCCUGGAGGAGGGAGAGGACGGGGAGAGUGGGGCCUCGGCAGCCAGCUCGCCCACCAUCCUGCGCAGGAGCAGCGACAGCCUGGACUCCCAACAAUGCCCCUCCGGCGGCUCCACGGAGACCAUCUCAGUGGUGGUGGUGGAUGCCAGCGAGGAGCGCUCCUUCCCGGACUUGGAAGUGGGGCCAUUCAGCUCGCAGUCGGACGAGACCUCCAUCAGCACCACCGCUUCGUCCACCACCCCCACCCGGGAACUGCUGGAGGAGGGCGGGGAGCUUGCAGAGACACGCGCCCCCCUCAGCUCCACUUGCCUGACGCUGGAUCCCAGCGGCUGCAGGUCGGCGUCCAUCGACAGUGCCUACGGCACCCUCUCCCCCACCUCCAUCCAGGAGUUUGCUGAGGCGCAGCAGCUGGAGCCAGGGGCGGAGGAUGGGGGGCCCCCGCAGGCGCAGCGUGCCCCCUCGCCCAAGCUGCGCCGCAGGACGCCCGUGCAGCUCCUGCCCUGCAAGGGGAAAGCGCUCAAGUCCAAGUCGGAGGCCAGCCUGCUGCAGCUGAUCCCAGCCUCGCCCCUCCUUGCCCAGAGCAAGAGCCUCUGCGACCUCUUCACGGCUCCGGGCCCGGCCACGUUCCUGGCAGGCCCCAGCCAAGGACGUGCAGGGCGCGAGGCCCCGGCUGGCUGCCAGAGGACUAGCAGGGCGGGCGCCGGGAGCCAGGGUGGCCGGUCGGACUGCCGAAGCCUGGGCCCGAGCACCUGCAGCAGCAGCAGCGGUGGCUCCUCGUCAGAGCUCUCCGAGCCCGAGGAGCUGGCGUGCGCCAAGGGCUUUGCUUGUCCAGCCCAGAGCAGCGACGCCUCCCCUGCAGAGCCUGGGCAGGAUGCUCCCCCAGCAGGGCCCGAGGGGGCUCCCGAGUGCUGCCAGGAGCCGCCCCUUGCGCACCGGACACUGUCAGACCCGCAGGUGGCCCAGCAUCGCAAGCUGACCCUGGCUCAGCUGUACAGGAUCAGGACCACCUUGCUCCUCAACUCCACGCUGACCGCCUCGGAGGUCUGAGAGCUGCAGGGGCUCCAGGAGAGGAGCAGGGCUGCCAGUUCCACCAACCCCCGACGAUGGAGCAUGAGCGCCCAGGGCGCUGGGAGAUGUUAGGCUGCAGGCCCCAAAAGCAGCGGCCAGGAGCGUGUCAAGGCUGCGUGUGGAUGGGAGAGAGACAGGGCACAGGUGUGUGGACAUAGGGUGUGCGUGCGCGGAUGCAUGUCUCUGUGGGGAGUGUGCAUAUGUACACGUGUGUGUGGGGAGUGUGAACAUGUACACGUGUGUGGGUGCACGUGUGGGGAGUGCGUACAUGUGUGUGCGUCUAUGGGAGCGUGUGCAGAGUGUGAACAUGUACACGUGUGUGGGUGCGCGUGUGGGGAGUGUGUGUGUGUGGGGAGUGUGCACAUGUACACGUGUGUGGGUGCGCGUGUGGGGAGUGUGUGUGUGUGGGGAGUGUGCACAUGUACACGUGUGUGGGUGCGCGUGUGGGGAGUGUGUGUGUGUGGGGAGUGUGAACAUGUACACGUGUGUGGGUGCGCGUGUGGGGAGUGUGUGUGUGGGGAGUGUGAACAUGUACACGUGUGUGGGUGCGCGUGUGGGGAGUGUGUGUGUGGGGAGUGCAUGCGAGUGUACGUGUGUGGGGGGGCGCGUGUGGGGAGUGCGUACAUGUGUGUGCGUCUAUGGGAGUGUGGCAUGCCUGGGGACAGACUCCACGGAGCCGUGGCCUGGGUUCCUCCCUGAAGGUGGACGCGCUUGGGCUGGCCAGGGAGCCCUUCCUAGGACCGGGGCUGGCCGGGAGCUGCUCCUUUGCACUUUGAAUCCCGGGAGCCCCUGCAGCCACGCCUGAGAACUCUGGAGCCGAAGUUGGGCAGAGGACGCCCCCUACAGGACCUGUGCUUCUCAGACAUCGGUCGCUGUAGCCCAGCCCCACACUGCUGGCCUGGGCGGUGCUCGGAGAGUUCCUGGCAGUCAGUGAGCAGGGACCAGUGCUGCCACCUCAUCCUUGGAGCGCCCCUGGUCCAGAGGGCUCUGCUGGGCUUCCGAACUCGCCUGUCCUGCCGCAGGCCUGCGGCCAGCUCCGAACUGACAACCCCACGCCCCAGGGUCUGGCAGCGCAGGCUGGGGCUUGUGAGCUAGGUGUGACUGCAGCCUUCCAUGCACCGCUGGCCUGUUGCAAUGGGGGAGACACACAAGCCACGUUGCAUCAGGUUCAGCAAAAGCCAAACACUACAGCAAAGACUGGGACCUCCCGCCUGCUGGGACCCCAUCGUCGAGCUUCCCACUUCUCUGUGAACCGUCUCUGCAGAGAGCUGUUUGUCGCAAGGGCUGCAGGGUGAAACCUGCCCAAGGCCCAGGAGCAGGGGGUUCGGAGUGCACUUUAUUUGUGGUAAGCUGCAUUUCCUGCAGCAGCACACAGCACCUACAGCUGGAAGGGAAGGGGCAGAGGGGAAUAGCCAGAACUUUUCCCCUUCCUCUAAGCUCACAUGCCAUUGCGGCCUGCGGCCUGGGCACCCUGGAGCUCUCCCGAGGAUGGCAGCUGUGUCCUGAAGGGGGUUGUGCUGCAGGAGCCAGAAGCAAAAGCCCCUUUAAAUUCCAGCACUGCAGCAAGGAGCCAGACCUGGGCAGCCCCUGCCCACCGCCAGCCACCACGGCUGCUCUGUCGGCUCCCUGCUGGGGUGAGUUGCUUCUUCCUGCAUGACCAAAGCCCCCGAAAUGUGGUUUUCCACUGAGGAUAACGCCCUGGGGGGCUGCGUUGUCACCGAGGCGGUGGGCUGGGUAGCUCAGGCACUGGCUCCAGGAAGUGGCGAUGGGCUUACUGAGGAAGGGAUCCAAACGUUGGCAGUGGGUGAAGAGGGAGGAGAGCUACAGUGAGGGGCACUGGCAGCGGGGUGCUGCCAUGGACGCUGUGUCCUGCUGGCCAUGGGCGUGGCAAGGUCACAGGGGCUAGGAAGGUGGAGGAAGCCGGGGCAGGCCAGGGAGUGGGGGUGAUGUCAGACUGGGGAGGGGCAUGGCUGGACCCAUCAGCACCACAUCUCCCAGCUCCAGCUGUCUGGGCUCCCGGCCUCACUUUUUGCGGGAAGGAAAGGCGGGGCAGUGGUGCUGGGGGCUGGGCCGCAGGGUCCCUCUCCUGCUGGCUGCCCUACUCGGCUGAGGGUGCGCUGCUCCUGCAGGGGUGCGGCUGGGGGCUCCCCACCUCCUGGGGGGCUGGGUCCUCCGGGCAGCUGGUGGCUGUUACAGGGAAUCCCGGGCAGGCAGCCAGGCCAGGAAGGGCUGUGUAUGGAGUGGCUAGCAUGGAGGUGUGUGGGAGAGACCAAAGGAGCCUGUGGGGAGCGGGGGGCCACGGAGGGCCCUGUGCUGGCUAGUGUUCCCGCGGGUGGGAAGGGAGCGUUGGACCACUCUCCCACACUGGUCAGUGCACACGGUGCUGGGGAGGGGGCAAUGCCAUGGGGGCCUUGCGUAGGCCUCACUCAGACCCCUGCCUUUGGGCAACGCUUUGGCCACCAGAGCUGGUCUCUGGAGCAGCAGCAGGAGGCUUGUGCAGCGAGCACCCAGUGGCAAUAAGCUCUUACCCCAACGCUUCCCACUGCAGCCCCAGGGAGGGGGACCACUUUUCCUUCCUGGCUGGGCUCCCUGCACUAAGCCUAGGCCCUCUGCAGCUGGGGCCAGUACUGCCUGGAUGGCAGAGGGCAGGGCAGUGCUGGGGAGUUCAUUACACUUGGCUGCCAGCAGGCCGUGGAGGCUGCUGCAGAAUGGCAGCAGAGAGUGGGAAGGGACAUGGCGGCUGGGUGGCAGAUUCCUCUGCCCGGUCGUUCCCAGCCCCGCGGGCAGGCACGCUCACCCAGGGAUGUGUGUAUAUAAAGUUGCAUAUUUAUUAAGCUUGGUGUUGAUUUUCUGAAGCUGCGUCCUGGCUGGUUUGCGGCAGGGAAGCAGCGUUGCCUCCCCUUUUCCUCCCUGCCCCUGGUAGCUGAAUGGCUGGGCCCCGGGCUGCCCUGGAGGGUGCAAAGCAGGAGUCCUCUCUUGGCUCUGGGGCUAGUCCAUCUUGUCCGUUGAACAUUAUCCCUGCGCUGUGCUGUCCCGUCCUGCCGCCACUGCCUCCCAGGUGAACCAUUAAAGACAGUGCGUGUGCGCUCA